UAUCUGUCUACACUGUACUGGCCCUCAACCUGAAGUGCCACGUGCCACGUGCCACCUCAGUAAAUUUUUUGUAUUGAGAACCUAGUAGUCGGUCUAGAAGAUAACAAUCAUAUUGCCGGUGAAGGCCAGUUUGCGGGUUGUUCCACCAAUAUGUCUGUGCAACCCGAAUAGCCAACAAGGGAGGAUGUUUGCCCUCUGGACCUAACAGAUGAACACGAAACAAUAGCUGAUGUCUUCAUUGUGCCAGCCCAGGGGAGAUCAUGCUGGAUGAGUCUCCCCGACAUGAUCAAAUUUCAUCAUAUUCCAUUUGAUCAGUAUAGUCGGAGGCAUCUAGAAAGGGGUUCUGAAAAUUUUUCAACAAUAUAGUUUGCCGGUCGGAUUAAGUGGGCCUUGGCUCAGUACGGUACUGAGGUAAUAGUAUAGAAUUUUGAGAGUCAGUACAGUGCAACAUGUUAAACACUCGAUACAAGUUCCCCAAGGUCACCUUUCGGUUGUUUUUCAACAGGGAGCCUAUAUUCAGUUUGCCCAGUUUAAAGCUAAGUUUCUGCAAGGCCGAAUGUACUCACUCAACCUUGAAACAUAUGCACCCAUACCAUGCAGUGUUUGUUCUUGUAAAUUCUUCUUGCUUUCUCAUUAUCGGCUUUUCCCAUUUUUAGUUACGUAAUGGGUCAAAUAUUACGUAACACUUGGCUGUUGGUAGAUUAGUCUUAACCCUAGCGAUGUCUGAAGGUUGAACGC